AUGGCGGACACGCACACGUUCGUUAAUAUAAGACAAAAUCACCUUAUACGUUUUUACCUGUCCCAGCAAAUCCUCAUAGAUGCCUCUGGGCAUUUGCUUGGCCGUCUGGCUUCAACAGUGGCAAAAAGCCUUCUUCUUGGACAGCGUGUUGUUGUUGUGCGAUGUGAACAAAUAAACAUCAGUGGAAAUUUCUACAGAAAUAAAUUGAAGUAUCUUGACUUUUUGCGAAAGCGAACCAACACAAAACCCUCACAUGGCCCAUUUCACUUCCGUGCACCAAGCAGGAUAUUCUGGAGAACUGUCCGUGGAAUGAUUCCRCACAAGACCAAACGAGGAACUGAAGCUAUGAACCGCUUGAAGGUGUUUGAUGGUGUUCCACAUCCUUAUGAUAAGGAAAAGCGCAUGGUUGUCCCUUCUGCCCUCCGUGUUAUCCGCCUCAAGCCAGGUCGAAAGUUUUGCGUCCUUGGAAGACUCUCACACGAAGUUGGAUGGAAGUACCAGGACAUUAUCAGUACACUUGAGGAGAAGCGAAAGGCCAAGUCUGCAGUCUACUUCRAACACAAGAAGAAGCUGCAGAAAUUGAAAGACAAGGCUGAGAAAUCCAAGGCCAGUGAGCUUAAGAGUGUUAAUGAAGUACUAGAAGGCUACGGAUACUAGACAUCAAAAAUGCUUCAAUAAAAUUCACUUUAUUAACA